AUGAGUUUUAGGUCCUACUACCAGUGGGCUACUCUUGCCUUGGCUGCGACUGCGGCUGCACAGACUACCACCAACUGCAACCCUUUGAAGAAGACUUGCCCAGCAGACACCGGCCUGAACAAGUACCGUCUGAACACAGACUUUACCUCCGGAUCACUAGGUCGUUGGAACACCACCGCCGGCACCAUAACCAGCACCGACCUCGGCGCCAAGUUCACCAUCUCCGAGCAGGGUGACGCGCCGACAAUCGAAAGUGAGUUCUAUAUCUUCUUCGGCCAUGUCGACGUCAAGAUGAGAGCCGCCAACGGUACUGGUAUUGUCAGCACCUGGAUCCUAGAGUCGGACGACCUGGACGAGAUCGACUGGGUGAGUCGACCGGGAGCUGAAGCCACCAACCCCAACCUAUUAAAAAAAAGACCUAACACAAAGAAACAGGAACAAAUCAGCACCUAUGACACAGAAAUCCAAACCAACUACUUCGGCAAAGGCAACACAACCUCCUACGACCGCGGCACAACCGUAACCGUCUCAACCCCAGAAGAAACCUUCCAUACCUACUCAAUCGACUGGACCUCAGAGCGCAUCGAGUGGCUCCUGGAUGGAGAAGUCGUGCGCACAGUCGAAUACGCCGAUGCUGUCGAUGGCACAAACUACCCCCAAACACCCACGCGCAUCCGCAUAGGUAUCUGGGCCGGCGGCGACCCGGAUAACUCCUCGGGCACAAUCUUGUGGGCCGGUGGCGAGACUGAUUACACCGAAAGCCCGUUCUCCAUGUACGUUGAGUCGGUCGAUAUCAUCAACUACAACCCGGCUUCGGCGUACGAGUACACCGACAAGACCGGGGAUUAUACGAGUAUUAAGGCUACGAACGCUACUACCGCAACUAACUUGAGCUCGGCGAACUCGAGCUCCAUUAUUGCUUCGAGUAGGACUUCUACCUCGGCUAAGGCUAGCUCGUCGUUGAUUGCUUCUGCGUCGGCGUCGGCUUCGGCGGCGACUUCUUCUAUUAGCUUUGUCUCGGCUGCUCCGGUCUCUUACUAUACUUCUAUCUUUGCCAUGGCCGUGGGCUCUCUCGUUGCUGGCUUGGCGCAAUUUUGGAUGGUUGUGUUGAUCACGUAA